AUGGAGACAAUGGCAAGGAACAGAGUGACGAAGAAAAUGAAACAGAAGGGGGAGCCACAGAGCUCAAGCGACGAAAAUGAGCAGGAAAAUGAUGAAAUUCACGACGUUGUGGGCUUUGGAGACGCCAUGAACAAAAUACUGGCACAAAAUGUAGCAAAUUGCGCGCAGCCGAUUCUAUCCAAGCGCAUAACGGCGCGAAUGCGGGCGAUACAGAGUGACAAGAAAGAAACAAAGACAGCGCGACUUAGCGCUGCUGAGAAGCGCGAGCGGGAGCAGAAGGACAUGGCGCUGCCUGAUUACUCAACUGCUGUACAGGACCGUAAAUUGAGAAUGAUUGCAACAAAAGGAGUGGUCGCUCUGUUCAAUGCAAUCGAGAAACACCAGCACCAGAAUGGUAAGAAAGAGGAAAGCAGUGACAAGAAAGUGAAGGAGAUGUCCAAGGAUAAUUUUCUGAGUCUACUCAAAGUGUCGCAGCAAAAGACAAUCAACAAGUCUGUGAAGACUGCCAAGAGCUCAUGGUCUGUGGUACAAGAUGAUUUCAUGAUGGAUGCAAAGUUAAAGGACUGGGACAACCAACAUGGUACCGAAAUAGGUCGAGUACGGCAAAAGGGUGAUGCAGACGUUGAAGCAGUUGAAGAUGUGGCGUGGAAACAGGCUGGAGAUGUGGUUCUGGACAGUGAUCAUGAUGAUGUUCCUGGAGGUAAUAAAAUGACAAAGAAUACUAAAGUACGAGGAUUGUCAAGUAUCGAGAAGAAGAAGAAGAAGAAGGUGAAUAGCCAGAAGAAAGUCAAGCGUUCAUAA